GCCUCUGUCAGUCACACAAAGGCAAAUCUGCUCCUCUUUCAAAUGGACUCAGUUUAGGAGAAGGUAGAGGGAGAUCUGGACAUUGUAAAACUAAGCUGUUUCAUGAUUCGUGACGGGGUUUAAGGGACGCACUUGCAGUCAGUGCAAGAUAUCGCCCGUUGAUUAAAUGGUGUGGCGAACGGAGGCCCACGACACUGAGCAAGAAUGUCCCAGUAUGCAGAUGAGCCCAGAUUCACCAUCGAGCAGAUCGACCUGCUGCAGCGGUUACGACACACUGGCAUGACCAGGCAGGAGAUCCUGCACGCUCUCGACACCCUGGACCGCCUGGACAACGAGCACGAGAAAAAGUUCGGCAGACGACCUGCAUGCGGAGGACGUAUGGGGAGCUCAUCCGAACCAGCCAACAACGACAGCAGCGCCGCCCUGACCUCAUCUGCGUACUCCUCUUCCUCCAACAACAACGUGACCGCCUCUUCCUCCACCGCCUCUGCCGCCACUCAGACGGCUUACCAGGGCACCCGCCUCUCCCCGUCACCUAGCAACAGCUGCAACAUCUCCCCUCCUCCCGUCAUCCCCGCCCCCGUGCCAAUAGCGCCCAUCACCCAGAACGGGCGCGACAGCCUAGCUGCUAUGUCCAAUGGGAAGCUGUCCCCACCCCGAUACCCCGUUAGUAACGCCGCAGCCAGGGUGUAUGGCUAUGAACCCACAGAGGAGGAGAUGGACAUUGAGGAUAAAGUGGAGGAACUCAUGAGAAGGGACAGUGCCAUCAUUAAAGAGGAGAUCAAAGCGUUCCUGGGAAACCGCCGUAUUUCACAGGCAGUGGUUGCUCAAGUCACAGGUAUUAGUCAGAGUCGCAUCUCCCAUUGGCUCCUCCAGCAGGGUUCGGACCUCAGCGAGCAGAAGAAACGGGCUUUCUACCGCUGGUACCAGCUGGAGAAGACCACGCCCGGUGCCACUCUGGCCAUGAGACCCGCCCCCAUGGCCCUGGAGGACAUCGUGGAGUGGCGUCAGACUCCACCCCCCAUCAGCUCCACCCCCGGUAGCUUCCGUCUCCGCAGAGGCAGUCGCUUCACUUGGAGGAAAGAGUGCCUCGCCGUGAUGGAGAGCUACUUCAAUGAGAACCAAUAUCCUGACGAAGCCAAAAGAGAGGAGAUUGCCAAUGCGUGCAAUGCUGUCAUACAAAAGCCAGGGAAGAAGCUUUCUGAACUGGAACGAGUCACGUCUCUGAAGGUCUACAACUGGUUUGCCAACAGGCGGAAAGAGAUUAAGAGGAGAGCAAACAUAGAAGCAGCAAUCCUGGAGAGUCAUGGGAUUGAUGUCCAAAGCCCUGGAGGUCAUUCAAACAGCGAUGACAUUGACGGCAACGACUACAGUGAGCAGGGAGCUGGCGAUCAAGUACUAGCAGGGAGAGCAGUUCCCAGAGCCUUUGGUUUCAGCAGAGGUGACCAGUCAUUCCCCACACAGGAUGACAGCACCAGUCAAAGCGAUCACCAGGACCCCAUCACCCUGGCCGUGGAGAUGGCAGCCGUCAAUCACACCAUCCUGGCGUUGGCGCAGCAAGGAGGGGGAGGGGGAGGGGGAGGGGGAGGCGACGACAUCAAGACAGAGGUGUUGGAUGAUGACUGAGGGGC